AUGAAAUUAUUUGGUUUUUCAGAUAAAGAUAAAAAAAAAGAAGAAGAAAAGAAUUCUAACAAGGGUAAUAACUCUGAAUAGGAUCAAGAAAUUUUAGAUUUUUAGGCAAUUAAAACAGGAGAAUAUAACCUUCACGUACUAAUACAAAAAACAAGAGGGCUAGUUAACUCUUCGGUUAAGAAUCAUACUAUUGAUCCUAUAAUAGAAAUUUAAGCGUUUGGUAAAAAGAAAUACUCUUAGAUAAAAAAGAAAGUUGGAAAUGAAGAUUAGGUAUGGGGAGAUCAUAUUUUUAUAGAACAUUUUGUGAAAUCAAAAGAAGAGAUAAACAAUGGCUUUAUCACUUUUUUGAUAAAAAAUCACCAUAGCUUACUAUAAGAUGAGAUAAUUGGAAAAUACUAACUAGAUUUAACCUAAAUAUAUCUUGAAAAAGAUCAUUUACUAGAACAUAAAUGGAUAGGAAUAACAAAUGUAGAUUAAGACUUUUCUAAAAUUAGAGGGUUUAUAAAAAUUAGUGCAAAAUUAAUACACCAAGAUGAUAAAAAUCAGAUUUAUUUGAAGGAAGAAACUGAUCAAGAAGAGAAAUAGCGAACAAAAUAAAAUAUUUUGAAAGUAUUAUUUUCUCCUUCAGUAUAACAGGAGUCGCAUAUCAUAAAGGUUAAAUUAUAUAGAGCUCUUAACUUAAAAAAAAUGGAUAUAAUUGGUCACAUUGAUCCAUACAUUGUUUUUGAAUAUGGAGGCAUAGAAUAUAAAACAAAAUGGAUUGAUAACAAUAAGAAUCCUGAAUGGUUUUUAGAUAUUUAACUACCUUUUUAUAUGCCAACUCUCAGUUAAUAUUUCUAUUUAAGAGUGUUUGAUUAUGAUAGAGGAACUACAGAUGAAUUAGUUAGUACUUGCAGAUUUAAAAUAAAUGAUAUAAUUGAAGGAAAAUAUAAAAAUGCAUUUUGGACUAAUCUUUAUGGCAGCUAAGAGAAAGUUAACAAUAAAGAAGAAAUGAGUGCCAUGGAUAAUCAUCCUAACAUUGCUUCUAAUUGGUGUGGAAGCUUGAUGAUUGCUUUAGAUUCUGAAAAAUCUAAAAAUCCUAUAAUAAAAGAAGAAUAAAUGGACCCUUUAUAUCGCAGAAUGUAUUAAGUGGUUUAGGUUGAAAAGCUUUCUCUAGUGUUAGAUGUUUUCUUUGGAAUCGAUCUUCCAUAUAACAAUGGAAAAUUUAAAAUUACAGUAAAAUGGGGACAUGCUUAAGCUGAAUCUAAAUAUGAUUUUGCUUAUAAUUGUAUGAUAAAUUGGAAUGAAAGAUUAAUUUUGAAGGAUGUAGAAUUUCCAAUCACAGAAUUCUAGCACAACAUCCCUGAUAUAUUUAUUUAUCUAACAAAUAAAGAAGAGGAGCACAUAGCAUACUGGAGAAAACCAUAUUAAUUUUACUUGAAUUAAGAAAGAAAGUAGAAGUAUGUAUAUUUUAAUCCUGACAGAGCUGUAUCUAAUCUUAGACAAGACUAAGCAGGAAUUUUAAAAGUUCACUGUAAAGUUGCUUAGACUGAAUAUCAUAUUCCUCCUAAUCCUUUUGUCGCUAAUCCUGAAGAUUUGUAAAUGAGUAAACUAGGAUCAAAAAGGCUGAUAUGUAAUUUAUAUUAAUGCUAAAAUUUAAUUCCAUCAAGUGAUUUUGGUAAUUGCAACCCUCUUCUUAGGGUAAGCUUUAUGGGUAUAACUGCACAUUACCCAGUCAGAUUAAAUACAUAAAGUCCUGUUUGGUAUCGAUCUAUGGAGAUUAAUGUUCCAUAUUUUUAUGAGUCUUAAGAGCAACCACCUAUCAUAAUUAGAGUGUUUGAUUAAAGUGAAUAUGGUUUAGGAGAAAAUUUUCUAGGGAAUACUAUUAUUGAUAUAAAUGAAGGAGUUAAAGAAAAAUAUAUAAGCUUUUCAAAAGAACCUGCUGAGCCAAAAUGGCUAGACCUUUAUUUCAAUAAAAAUACAGUUUCUGGUAAAGUAUUGAUAUCGUUCAAUGUUAUAGAUGAUGAUAGAUCUCCACUUACUCAAUUAAGGAUUAUGCCUGAACUUGAAACAUAUGAAAUUUCAAUAAAAAUAUUUGGUUUGAGAAAUCUUAAAUCUAGUGGUUUGAUGCCUGUAAAGAAGCCUUUUAUUAAAAUAAAUAGAAAUCAUUUAACAUAAGUUUAAAAGUACCUAAUGAAUAUGCCAGCACCUAAAUAAUAAACAAAAGCGCCUAUUUUUAACAAUCCUAUUAUAAAAUCUUAGACUUCAUAAACAUAGAUAAAAGCUUAACACAGCUAUAUUGAGUAAGAAGAAUAUAUUAUAGAAUCUCAUUCUGUCGGCGAGAAUCCUAACAUCAAUUAAAUUAUAGUUUUUCACUAAGAGUUACCAAAAAAUAGUUCUCUUGUGCCAACUUUAAGUUGUACAGUUCAUGAUAAAAUAUUUUAUGGUUUGUAUUAACCAUUAAUAGGAUAAUUCACUAUUGAUUUGCAACAAUAUAUAGAAAAAAAUAAAAAAUUACUUCAGAAAAGAAUUGAGAAAUCAUAAAGAUUUUUAGAAGAAAUGUCAAAAUAAGAAUCAAGCAUAAAAAUUGAAAUUACAGAUGUGACUGGUAAGCAAGAGGCGAGAGUAGUAAAAGAAGAUUUAAUAGAAAGCACAAACAAGAAACUUCGAGAAUAUAGAUAUUAACCUACAAUGAAGCUAAAAUAGAACUUUAUUCAGGAGGUUGUUUAUUCAGAAGAAAUUUUGCAAAAAAUAAAUCCCAGAAGCCAAAAAUAGAAAAUAAACACUGAUUUUACUAUAUUUUGGGCACGUUAUAAAGCUAUCAAAGAUAAAGAUAAUUAAAUAAAAGAAAUUUCACCUAUACCAAGCAAAGAAUACUACAUGCCUUUAUCAUAUGAUGGGAUAUAUUCAAAAUAGUAAUAUAUAAAAAACACAAAGAAAAAAGAAAGUGGUCUCUAAAAUGAAGAAGAAGAGGAUAGUGAAAUACAAAUUGAACAAUAUAAUCUUGACAAUACCUCAGCAUAUAAAUUUGCAUACUACAAAGGAAUAAGAAAACACUACAGGUAUUUUGUUAACGAUAAAUUAGAAGAUACUCGUUUUGUUAGAUAAGAUGGGGAUUAGAAGAUCAUUGAUGACAUCGAUAUUAUAUAUUAAAAAAGAUUUUCAGAAAGUGAUUUAUACACAGAUGCAGACCUCUUAGAAUAAAAUUUAAUUAAAGCAGGUACUUUUAAAGGCAUUAUUAAUGUUACAAAGUUAUCUGAUCUCGAUAAAAUUGCAUCAGCCUAUUAAAAAAAAUAAGAAUUAGUUGAAAAGGAUUUCUUAACUCAAAAAAAUGUUUUAGUGAGAGUAUACAUACUUGAGGCAGAGAAUCUACCAAAAACCGAUGUUAUUGGAUAUUGUGAUCCUUAUCUUGUAGUAAAAUUAGGUGAUUAAAUGCAAGAGAAUAAAAAAAGAUAUAAAUAAGAAGAUGCGAAUCCUUAGUUUUAUGAGAUGUUUUAGUUUAAAAGCACCCUUCCAGGAAAUCCUAUAUUAAAAAUUUAGUUGAUGGAUUAUGAUAAAUUUAAUGCAGAUGAUUUUAUGUGUGAGACUGUAAUUGAUCUUGAAGAAAGAUUCUACAGUAAUAGAUGGAGAAAAAUUAAGAAUCCUCCUAUUGAAAUUAGACCUCUCUACCAUCCAGCUAGUUCUAUUCCUAAAGGCUAAAUAAAAUUAUGGCUAGAAAUUAUACCAGAAACGGAUAUUAGUAGGAUAGGAACUAUAUAUCACAUAACACCUAAGCCAUCUGAAGAAUUUGAAUUGAGAUGUGUUAUUUGGAGUGCUCACAAUAUUCCUUAAAUUGAAGAUAAAAAAUCGACUGAUUUAUUUAUAAGAGCAAUUUUCGGAUAAUAAAUUUAAAUCACGGAUGUUCACAAAAAAUCAUAACAAAAUGCUAGUUUUAAUUGGAGAUUUAAAUUUCCUAUAACUUUACCAAGUAAAAACACAACCAUUACAUUCUAAGCUCUCGAUGAAGAUAUCUUUUCUUUAGAUGGAUAUAUUUGUUCUGGAGUUUUAGAUUUUACUAAAGAGGCUAAGAGAGCUUUUGAAAAUGAUGAGAGGGUGAAGAAGUAUGGUGAACAAUAAUUCUAUGAAUAAAAUGUAUUUAGUUUGUUCUACAAUUAAGAAAACUCAAAAGAAAAAUUUGAAAUUCCAAUGACUGUAGAUAAUGAUUAAGUUUCUCACAAGGUGACCUCCAAAAAGCCUUAUCUCUUAGGAACAUUUGAAAUUGUUCCUAAAAAAAUAGCAAUUGAAUAACAUGUUGGAAUAGGUAGAAGUGAGCCUAAUCAUAGUCCUUUUUGCCCAGAACCUUAAGGAAGAAUACUGUGGUCAUGGAAUCCUAUUAAAUUAUAUAUUCAAACAUUUGCACCUAUGUGGAGAAAAAAAAUAAUUUACCUAGUAAUUCUUUUCUUUAUAUUAGAAAUUAUCAUUUUAACUAUCCCUGCAUACAUAGGAAGUUAUUUUGGAACAUCUAAGUAUAUGGGAACAGGUAAAAGCUGA